GGCUCUGCACCCCCCAUGCCCGAGGCAGGGCACCAAGAAAGUGAAUCCAGUCUGAAUAACGUCCUCAGUCACCAAGCCACGGAGGCCAGCGGUGGCAUUUACUUUUGGGAUCAAGUCUGGGGUUCGGCUCCAAGUUUGGGCGCAAGGCCAGCGUCUACACGGCCCAAGGCGCAGAACGGGGUGCGGGGCGGAGCCGGGGUCACCGGGGCCAGGGCGCCAUCGGACUGCCCCGCCCCGGGGGAGUGUCCCGGGCGCGGCUGCCGCCUUAAGGGCCUGUGGCGUUGGGCCGGGGCGAGAGCAGACCCGGCGCGGGAUCCGGAGCGGGAUCUGCAGCAGAAACCGGAGCGGGACCCGGAGCAGGACCCGGAGCGGGACCCAGAGCGGGACCCCGAGCACCACCCGGACCGGGGCCUGGAGUGGCGCGGCAUGGCGUCGUGCAGGGCGCGCCUGCGGGCGCUGCUGCUGCUCGUGCUGCUGGCGGGCGCGGCGCGGGCCGGCCUCUACUUCCGCCCGGGCCACAGCUGCUACAGCCCCCGGCGUGGGGACCCACUGACCGCGCAGGGCCGCAGAACCUACCCCCGGCCUUAUGAGUACCUGUCCCCGUCGGACCUGCCCCAGAGCUGGGACUGGCGCAACGUGAAGGGGGUCAACUAUGCCAGCAUCACCAGAAACCAGCACAUCCCCCAGUACUGUGGCUCCUGCUGGGCCCACGGCAGCACCAGCGCCAUGGCAGACCGGAUCAACAUCAAGAGAAAGGGCGCGUGGCCGUCCACCCUGCUGUCUGUGCAGAACGUCAUUGACUGCGGCAAUGCAGGCUCCUGCGAGGGCGGCGACCACCUGUUGGUGUGGGCCUAUGCCCACAAUCAUGGCAUCCCCGACGAGACCUGCAACAACUACCAGGCCAAGGACCAGGAGUGUGACAAGUUUAACCAGUGUGGCACAUGCACAGAAUUCAAAGUGUGCCAUGUCAUCCAGAACUACACCCUCUGGAAGGUCGGCGACUACGGCUCCCUCUCCGGGCGGGAGAAGAUGAUGGCAGAAAUCUUCGCUAACGGCCCCAUCAGCUGCGGGAUCAUGGCGACAGAAAGCAUGGAUAAGUACACUGGCGGCAUCUAUGCGGAGUACAACGAGGCGGCCUUCAUAAACCACAUUGUCUCGGUGGCUGGGUGGGGUGUCAGCAACGGGACUGAAUACUGGAUCGUCCGCAAUUCGUGGGGUGAACCAUGGGGUGAGAGAGGCUGGAUGCGGAUUGUCACCAGCACCUACAAAGGCGGGAAGGGCGACCAUUACAACCUUGCCUUGGAGAAGUCCUGCACUUUCGGGGACCCCAUCGUCUAAGGCAGCUCUCUGGAAAACUAGCUUGUUAAGGAAGGGGACCAUGAAUGUAACUGGGGAGGAGGGGGGACCUAUCAUGCACAGCAGGCUGGGGCUGCCUGGUGUGAAGGAACUGGGGUGACCCAGUAUCAAAUGUAUGGAUACUGACCGAGUAUGGCCAGCACCACGUAGCUGACAGUGUUCCUCAGUCUCAGGCAGAAGGACCUAGCCCCUGCAGGAGGGGCGGGGGGGAGGGGGUCUGCAAAGACAUUAGCUUAUUUGACCUCAGUUUUCUUCAACAGAUGGCUUUGCAAUUUUCUAUCUGGCAACUGUGGUGUGUAACGUGGCAUUUGCGCUGUAAAGUAAUUCAGAUUUGUCACCAGUUCUUGUUGCCUUGGAAUCAAUGGAGAGAGGGGUAGUAACUUCUAAUUGCCCAAGUGACGAAUAAAAUACAAGACUCUACACAAGA